AUGGUCAAAGACGUGAUAGCGCGUUUUCGGUAUGUAAAAGUGGAGUAUGUCCCUCGGGCCAUGAAUGCGAAGGAAGAUUUAUUGUCUCGAAUUGCCUUUUCUUCUUUCCCUACAAGCUCCCGAGAGAUUCAGAUCGAGUUCCUGCCACAGAAGAGUAUCGAAGAGGUCGUUGAUCAAUUAUGUGUGGAGGACGAACCUAGUUGGAUGGAUCCUUUGCUGUUAUACUUAAGGGAGGAAAGACUCCCUCAGGUUGAUUCGGAAGCUCAGGAAGUUAGAAGAAAGGCCCGAAGCUACGUGUUAGUCAAUGGGGAACUUUACAGAAGGUCAUUCUCGCAGCCGUUGCUCAAGUGUAUCAAGCUCCGCGAAGCAGAUUAUAUCCUGAGGGAGAUUCACGAAGGCAUAUGUGGAAGUCAUAUCGAAGCUCGAACUCUUAGCCAAAAAGCUCUUCGGCAAGGGUAUUAUUGGCCAACGAUGGCAAAGGAUUCAGAACGGUUAGUCAGGACCUGUGACAAAUGCCAGCGGACCUCCAACUUGGUCCAUGUUAAGUAUAUCAUGGCUUCCAUUGAUUAUUUCACAAAGUGGGUUGAAGCUGAGGCAAUGGCUUCUAUCACCGCCCGGCGUGUGAAGCAAUUUCUAUGGAAGAAUGUGGUUUGUCGUUUCGAAAUUCCUCGGGUACUAAUAUCCGAUAACGGCACUCAGUUUACUGAUCGAUCUGUCCAAGAAUGGUGCCAGGAAUUGGGAAUUAGGCAGCAGUUCACUUUGGUGGCCCAUCCACAAGCCAAUAGACAAAUUGAACUCACCAACAGAACUUUGUUACGUGGUCUAAAAGCGCGAGUGGAUAAGGCAGAUGGCAGUUGGGUGGAAGAACUACCGAGCAUCCUGUGGUCUUACCGAACCACAGUGAAGGUAUCCACGGGAGAAACCCCUUUUAGCUUAUGUUACGGUUCGGAAGCAUCAAUCCCAGUUGAAAUAGGAGUACCUACGCUAAGAGUGGAGCUUUUUAGCCCUGAAUCCAACGAACAAAAUCUGAGGGACAACUUAGACCUCCUUGAUGAACUUCCUGAUUACGUAAAGAUUUGA